GGGUUGAGGCGCAGUCCUAGCAAGGACCUCGUAGUGUGAGGGACGCUACUCGCCCGCUCUCACCUCCUCUGGGAGAGAAACACCCUUUUUAUAUUUAUAUUUAAGUAUUCUUUGACGUGUUUUAUUUGGUGAACAUUUUGCAACUCGUUUGUUAUUAAAGUUCUCAAAAUUACCAAAAGGAAAAAAAAGAGAUAAUAGUCUAAAGGUCACUUGGGUAGAGGAGAGGAGCAGCAGUAGCCACCACAACCACUACUACUGCUACUACCACUACCACCACCACUACUACUACUAUUACUACUACUACUACUUCUACUACUACUACUUCUGCUGCAACUGCUACUACUACAACAGCAUUAAGAUUUCUCCCCAGCCCCUCACACUUCAGCCCGGUCAGCGCAGUGGCCCACCAAACAAGGCGCGCAUGACUGAGGGAAGGAGGGCGGCGACACCAUCUUAGCGUCACCAACACCACCAGCAGCACCUCCGAGGUUCCUCGCUAGCCACGUCACCACCACCACCUUGCCAAGCCUCCAGGCUCGCCACCAACAACAGCUUCCGACAAUGCACCUCGAAAUCCAAGUGGCGCUCAAUUUCGUCAUUUCGUACAUGUACAACAAACUGCCACGGCGGCGCGUCAACAUCUUCGGUGAAGAGUUGGAGAAGGCACUGAAGGAGAAAUUCGAAGGACACUGGUACCCAGACAAACCUAUGAAAGGUUCAGCCUAUCGCUGUCUCAAAGCCGGGGAUCCCAUUGACCCGGUGUUGGAGAAGGCGGCGCGGGAGGCGGGUAUGGAAGUACGGGAAAUCAAGGACAACCUGCCAGAGGAUCUCGCUGUCUGGGUAGACCCCGGCGAGGUGUCCUACAGGAUCGGAGAGAAGGGCCAGAUUAAAGUCCUGUACUCCGAGGCUGCAGAAUCCGCUACACAGGAGGAGAACCUCGACAAGGAGGUGACCAAAACGUUCAACCCAGAGGCCCAGUGUUUCAAGCCCAUUGACAACUUGAGUUCGUCCCUCAGCAACGUGUCGAUCAGCCCGAAGUCGACGUCGCCAUACUCUGGCAGCUCGCCCACGCCGCCCUUCAAGCAGCGGGAAGCCUCACCCAUUAACGCCUUCCUUAACAAAAGUUCCGCCCCUCUCACCUUCACAACUGCUACCUUCGCCCAGACAAAGUUUGGCUCCACGAAACUAAAGACGAGCACUAAGCGCGCUAACCGCAUGUCACCCACAGAGUUCUCUCACUACAUCAAACAGCGACAGAUGAUCCAGCAACAGCAGCACGUACAGCAACAGCAACAGCAAGCGGUGGCGGUAGCGACGGCUGGGUUCGGCAGUCAGUUCCCACCGUCCAGGCCUCGAUCCCUCAGUCCCAACCCUCCCCUGGAGCCUCAAGGUGUUUACUUCCCCGGGGGAGCCCCAGCAGGUGGGGCGUACAACCCGUGGGGCCGCGGCAUGUUCGACCAGAGCUUCACAUCACCGUCCUUUUUCACAGACCUGCUGCCACCUGUUAGCCAGCCGGCAGCCGGACCUAAGUUCCCACCCAUGUACGAGCCGCUGAGCGGCGGAAUGAUGGGCGGGGCGGCUCCUGGUGCCGCUUCCAUGGGCGCCGGGGACAAGGCGACAGCGCUGAACGAGGGCGUGAUGGGCGUAUACCCAGCGUCACAGUACCAGCACCUGCUAGUAGCUAACUAGAGGUCGGGCGGGCCAGCACCACCAGCAGCAGCCUCCUCCUUGUCUCCCUGACCGACCCGCCUCCACCGAACAAAAUCAAAAAAGGUGUCGCCUGAAGUUGAGCGUGUCCCAGCAGGACGGGCGGGAGUGUGGGCGUGUGGGCGGGGCAGCUGGCUGCUGGCCGCCACCGCCCACACCCGCAGAUCUGACACCACCUGCCAUUAACCUCCACCUUUUAUAAUUUUUUACUGCCUCAGGUAUAGACGAUUUUGGUUUAUAGUAUAAAGAGGAAUAUGCCCAUCUUUCAUAGAAACAAUAUACACAGAUGCCCGAGGCGUAUUGUUCCAAGGUAAUGGAAAGGUUGACUUUCUGAAGCCGAAGGUUGUGAAUGUGUACAUAGGUGAUGAUAUAGUCGCAACACUACGAGGAUACACUGUACCGUUGUGGCGGCCAAGACUGUACACACUUGCUGUAAGCAUGACUAAGAUUACAUUGUUGUACAACAUGUACCCCCUUUAUUAUCAUUAACAAAUAUGGCAUAUAUUUUUCUUACCUGUACAACUAUUAACUAACCAGUACGGUUUCUCUUAAGGUACGAAACAAAAAAAAAUAACUACAUAAUUUUGUGAUAAGCUGUGUGAUAGGAAGAGUUUAGAAGUGGACCAGUACAAAUACAACCCGCUCUUGUUAACCUUGUAGCAACAACUCCCGCCACACUCUUGAGAAGGAACUUUAUAAUAAGGAAACGGACAAAAAUAUAUAUAUUAUCAUCGUUUAUAACCCAAUCAGUCAUCGCCACGCUACUGUGACCAAAAAUUAUUAUUGUGUGUUUGAAAUAAUGCCAAAAAUAUGAAGAGGCUUGAGAAACGUAUUUUGAAGGGGUGACUUGUGUUCCUCAGGUACCUUGAAGGAGUGACUUGUGUUCCUUGGGUACCUUGAAGGAGUGACUUGUGUUCCUCGGGUACCUUGAAGGAGUGACUUGUGUUCCUUGGGUACCUUGAAGGAGUGACUUGUGUUCCUCAGGUAUCUUGAAGGAGUGACUUGUGUUCCUUGGGUACCUUGAAGGAGUGACUUGUGUUCCUCAGGUACCUUGAAGGGGUGACUUGUGUUCCUCGGGUACCUUGAAGGAGUGACUUGUGUUCCUCAGGUAUCUUGAAGGAGUGACUUGUGUUCCUCGGGUACCUUGAAGGGGUGACUUGUGUUCCUCAGGUACCUUGAAGGGAUGAUUGUGUUCCUCAGGUACUUUGAAGGGGUGAUUGUAUUCUUCAGGUACCUUGCAAGGGGUGAUUGUGUUCCUCAGGUACUUUGAAGGGGUGAUUGUGUUCUUCAGGUGCUUAGAAGGGGUAAAUGUGUUCCUCAGGUACUUUGAAGGGGUGAUUGUGUUCUUCAAGUACCUUGAAGGUAUGAUUGUGUUCCUCAGGUACCUUGAAAGGGUCAUUGUGUAGUUACUCCUCAGGUCCCUGGCCAACAGGAGACUCUGGUCUUGAGGGUCAACGGUCACCUUCAGUUCUCUGGUCUCAGACCAAAUUUUCAUCGUCCCUGGGAGUAGUGUUAUUACAUGUGGCACAGUGCCACUCCCCCAAAAAUGGCACGAAGUGCAAGUACACGUGGCACAGUGCCACUCCGAGUGUUGCUGGCACUGCAGAUGGCACAAAGUGCCAUUUGAGGUGGAACAAAGUGAUACUCGUGGCACUAAGUGGCACCAAAGGUGACAAGUUGGGCUCUAGGGCGAACACAGAAAGCGUGAGUGGGGUGACCUGGAGAAGAGAGAGAGAGAGAGUGCAAGAGAGAGAGAGAGUGAGUGAAAGAGCAAGAACGAGCGAGCGAGAGAACGAGAGAGAGAGAGAGAAAGAGACUUUUGAGAAGUGGUGAUGGUUUAGAGGGUCUUUGAGGAUAACGCAGACGAUUUUACUGUUAUGUGUUUUCUCUCAUAUCGACGGUAGAUGAGGGUAGACGCAAGUAGAAACAAGUAGAGAAUACAUUGUAGAAAUAUACGACUCGUGGGCCUUGUUGACGCCACGGGACAAACAUUUUUUAUAAUGAAUGUUAUAUGUGUUAGUUUUUUGAGGUUUUUUGGUGACUGUGUGAAUGAGUGCUAUUGUUUUGGUAACGUUUCUACCAGGCGUAGCGUAACCCACAUUCUCUCUGCAAAGAUCCUUUUUACCUCACCUUGGCCUCUUGCGUAGCUAUGGAUUAGUGUGAUUACAAGUGAUACUGCAAAAGCUGGGGUGUAUGUGGAAGUUCGGGCGCCCGUAAGUCACAUUCAGGCUGCGAAAAAAUAGAGGAAAAUGAAAACAGCGCCACACGGAAAGAAAAAAAAAAGUGGCCAUAAUGCAAACUAAGAAAAUGUUAUUGAGAAGUUUUAAACAGGACCAAAACCAGACUAUAACAUCAGUGCCAGGCUGAGAGAGAGUUCCACAGCUGGGACAGAAGAGUGCCUCUGGCUACGCCAAGAGAGCCUCAGGACGUGACUAAGAGUUAAGUCUGGUGUUAUUGUGUCAGCAGCCCCGUUGUGUUGUGUCAGCAGCCCCGUGGUGUUGUUGUGUCAGCAGCCCCGUGGUGUUGUUGUGUCAGCAGCCUCAUGGUCUUGUUGUGUCAGCAGCCCCAUGGUGUUGCUGUGUCAGCAGCCCUGUGGUGUUGCUGUGUCAGCAGCCCCGUGGUGUUGUUGUGUCAGCAGCCCCAUGGUGUUGCUGUGUCAGCAGCCUCAUGGUGGUGUUGUGUCAGCAGCCCCAUGGUGCUGUUGUGUCAGCAGCCCCGUGGUGUUGCUGUGUCAGCAGCCCUGUGGUGUUGUUGUCAGCAGCCCCAUGGUGUUGUUGUAUCAGCAGCCCCGUGGUGUUGUUGUCAGCAGCCCUGUGGUGUUGUUGUAUGAGCAGCCCUGUGGUGUUGUGUCAGCAGCCCCAUAAUGUUGCUGUGUCAGCAGUCCUGUGGUGUUGCUGUGUCAGCAGCCCUGUGGUGCUGUUAUCAGCAGCCCCGUGGUGUUGUUGUAUCAGCAGCCCUGUUGUGUUGUGUCAGCAGCCCCUUGGUGUUGCUGUGUCAGUAGUCCUGUGGUGUUGCUGUGUCAGCAGCCCCAUGGUGUUGUUGUGUCAGCAGCCCCGUGGUGUUGCUGUGUCUGCAGCCCCGUGGUGUUGCUGUGUCAGUAGUCCUGUGGUGUUGUUGUCAACAGUUCUGUGGUGUUGCUGUGUCAGCAGCCCUGUGAUGUUGUGUCAGCACCCCUGUGGAGUUGCUGUGUCAGCAGCCCCGUGGUGUUGCUGUGUCAGCAGUCCUGUGAUGUUGUGUCAGCACCCCUGUGGUGUUGCUGUGUCAGCAGCCCCGUGGUGUUGCUGUGUCAGCAGCCCUGUGGUGUUGUUGUGUCAGCAGCCCUGUGGUGUUGCUGUGUCAGCAGCCCCAUAGUGUUGUUGUGUCAGCAGCCCCAUAGUGUUGUUGUGUCAGCAGCCUUGGCGUUGCUGUGUCAGCCGUGGCGUGGUCAUAAGCCAAGGGAAGCCACCUCCAUCUUUUUUCCAGGUACCUCGGAAGCCUCGUAGAGACCUUCGAGGUGCCUUAGACACCUCUUGGAAGCCUUUUGAAGGCAGGUGUGGAGGCUGCCCAAGGCUCGCCUCACUGGUUUACAAACACGCCUCUGGUGGCUACAGUGUUUUUAUUCUAAUAAUUUUAAUGGAAAGGGCAACCAAAAAAAUAUAAAAUUAGUAAAAAUGCUGUCAAUGACCCACUGAAAAAAAAAACAUUGAACCUUAAGGGUCGUUAUUUUCUGUCAAUAGUCCAGUGGUAAACACUACCGGAAUUAACAUUUGUAACUUAAUCAAGCUUGGGGUGUGUGUUGGAGGCAAGAGGUGCCAGAGGUGAGGCUGGCACCAGGUCUGUAAGUGCCUUCUCUCACACAAACUCCAGGCACCUUUGCCUCCCAACCACCGAGGUCAUACAAGAAAACUGUUUGUGUAAGCAUACUUGCAUCUCUGAUUACAUUAUGCAGCCCAUUCCUGUUUCAUAUAUCAAUUUGUCAUUAUUAUUGUAUUUCUAGUCACAAAGUUACUAUACUAUUUUUCUAAACAGUGACGCCCAACCAGGUUGUCUGCAAGUAUAAGAUAAUAUAUUCAUUUUUAUAAUUUCUUAUGUUUUUAUUAUUGUAAAAGAUUAAUAAAUGUGUAGUUUGGAAAUUUAA